AGAUUUGUACGCUAUCGUAAACGAUCUACCAAACAUUGUUGUUAUUGGCCACGAUGGAGACAAGGAUAAGCUCGAGUUUAUGAACGAUGCCAACGGAGAAGACCAUUUUUCCUCAAGAAUAGGGGUUGGAGGAUUGCUCAAUGCGGACAAGAUUAACUUGGUCGCUAUUGUAUUGGACAACCUGGAGUUGUUUCAUCGGCAUAAUAGGAAUAUGGUAAAAAUGCAUGAAGAAAGGCAGAAUGCGAAUGAUUUCACUGCUGCGUCAAAGGAGGAAAAAGGCUAUGAUCCCGUUCAAUCUGUUAAUUCCACUAGCAACGGUGUUCACUUCAUCCCGCUUGAUCCAGCAAACUUUGAUUUGGAUGUUAUUCAGAAGCUACAACAUGGCACUACCGUCAUCCACUAUGAUAAUGAUUCCGGUCGAAGUGUACUGUGUGUUUUGCGAUUGGAUGCAAGUUGUGGUACUAUCUCAUGGCAUAGAAUCACCUAUUGGGCUACAAAGGACUCAAAGGAGAAGGUUAUUCUUUAACU